UACUUCGGUAAUAGGAGUGUCAUACCCGCGCAAAGUUUAUGAUCAUCGGCCAUUACCGAAUUGAACCCUAACUGCAACUGCAAGCUUGCCGGUUGGAUUUUGAUAUUAGGAAAAAUCUCUGCUCCUCUGAAUAUUGAAAUUCUCCAACUCUACAAUGAUCUGAGAUUCUUUCGAUCGAUCCCCGUGUUUCGCCAUGGCUAUUCAAUUUAAAUUCAGGAGCUCCGUGAACUUCGACUCGGUGGAUAUCCAAGGCCGACCUUCCAUAUCAAUUGGCGAUCUUAAAUUCAAAAUUAUUCGCAUGAAGAACCUUGAUACCUGCCAAAACUUUGAUCUCGUAUUCUCCGAUGCCCGAACCGGCCAAGAUUUGGCCGACGAGAAACUUGAAAUUCCAAGCGGUUCUUGCGUGAUAGUCAAGAGAGUUCCCGCAGGAUCAGUUCCUUCCAAUGUUGUGCAUCACGACUUGUUUGGGAAUGUUCAAGUCAAAGACACUGACAUGGUUAAUUCAUCUCGUCCAGUGAAUGCUGAGACAGACAAUUUUGAUGAUUUUGGUGUCGACUUAUACCCUAUUCACAAAGCAAACUCAUCAAUUUCUCUCAAUAAUAAAAAUAACAAUGCUGUUAGACAUUAUAAGGAGACUGAAAGAGGAUAUAUUGAGGCUGAAGGAAGUGGUAUUAGUGAGGCCAUCCAAGGAGAUUCAAAUAAUGGCACAACAGUUGGAGGAACUGUCCUGCAGACAAACAUAAAAGUUAAUGUUGGCGAGGGCAUUGGUUUGGAGAAACCAAUUGCUCCAGUUAAUCAUAAUUGUGAAAUUCCUUCAGAACUGAAGUGUAUACUUUGCAACUCACUCUUUGUGGAUGCUGUAAUUACUGGUUGCUGUAAGCAUAGUUUUUGUGAGAAAUGCAUUCAUCAUGUUCUGCUGCAAAAGGCAAUGUGCCCUAAGUGUGCCUCUACUAAGUAUAAACUAGAAGAUUUGUUGCCAAAUUUUUCUCUUAGGCAAAUUGUUGCCCAUUUCCUUGAGUCUCAGAUCCUGAUGGGCGACUCAGAAAAUGCUCAUCAUCAUGAAGCAUCAGAUGAAGAAUCAAGAAUUGAAGGAAAAGACAUGCCUUAUUUGCCUUAUGCUACUAAUAGGGGUUAUAAUCAAGAAGUGGUGGAAGACGUUCCUGUCUCAUCAAUAAGAAGAAAUAUGACGGUUAAAAUUGAUGGAGCACAAGUUCGAUCGUGCCAUCCUGAUAAUUUUGGUGGAAAACCUCAUGACCUCCCUCCUUUUGAUGAUUGUCAAGGUGAAAGCCAGCCCGUUUUUAGGGAUUUCAAGCAUGGGUUGCUGGUCAAUGACUCUGAUAUGCCGAGCAAAAUCCAAAAUCUAACAGAUUUUAGAAGACACAAAAAGCGUGGCCGUACUUGUUACAUGUGUGGUUCUCUGGACCAUCUCAUUAGAGACUGUCCAGGUGCUUCAAAACCAAAUCCCAUGCAUCUAAUGGGAGCUUCGCCAUAUUAUGCAUCACCUUGGCCUUGUGUCAGUUCUUUUACGAACCUAUAUGGUUGUCCCAUGGCUUUCAAUACACCAAUGGUGCCUGAUGCAAAUUCUUACUGGGCAUCUAUUUAUGGUGGAUACCCUGUCCCAAGUGGAUUCGUGGGCAUGAGAGACAUGAAUGCUCCACCACUUCGGAAGACUGAAGAGUUCUGUGCUGGUUAUUCAGAAUUUGCAGACCUUAGUGACACUAAUAGAAACAGGACAAAAUCCGAAAUUCGUACCUGGAGGGUAAUGCCUUUCUCCAGUGAGAAUGGGAGUGAUGGAGAAGAUCAUGUUGGUAAGAAGAGACGUCAACAUGAGCGGGAUGGAAGAUCAAGAGACUAUAGAAUGCUUGUAGAGAAGCAACAUCCGCGCAAAGAAAAUAUCAAAGAAAUAAAUUGGCUCUAUGACGAGAAAAGGAGGAGUUCCUAUUCUUCUAAAGAUGCAAUGAUAAAUAGAUUAAACGAGAGAUUAAAGUUGGACACAGAAGGCUUGCCUCGCAGCACCAAAUUUCCAACUAAUGAGAGAUCUGCACAUUAUCAUAGAUGCUUCAGGGAGGUUGGUGGGAGGACAGAUGAAUGUUGCAGUCAUGCCGGCUCGAAUGACCAUAAAAGAUACAAACAAAAAGAAGAUAACAUUGAUACGGUUGAUGUUGACUUGAAGUGUCAUGCUAAGAAACAUCACAGCAGCUCGAAGUCAGAUUUGGCACGUAGCUAUUCCAGCAGUCAGAAACUCCUACAAAAAGAGUCUCGUUUCAUGUCUAGAUAUUCUAAGCACAAUGAGCUUGCUCAAUAUCAUCAGCAAAUGGUUGGUGGGACAGAUUAUAAUCAUGAAGAAUGGAAUCAUAAGUAUAAACGAAAAAGUUUGGAGUGUGGAAGCUAGCAAGCGAGGUUCUUAAUUCAUGGAGCAAUGGACGUUAAACUAUGGAGGAUUUUGGUAAGCUGAUUUUGUUGAAGCAGUUGAAGGUACGUUUCUUUCGGAUGGUAUUAUGGGGGUUGAAAGCUUAAAUAAUAAUAUAAUAAUCUAUAAUUGCUCUUAGUUUGGGUGAAUAUUGAAUUUAGAGGGAAAAUAAUCAAUUUAUACCUCCAACUUAAAAUCCUACACAUCUCUAUUAAUUAAAACUAAAAAAUUAAAAAAGGUUCAUGAAUCAAUUUAUACUCUUUUUUAGAUUGUCUUCAAAGUGCUAAUGCAAAAUUUUCACACGUGUAAAUGUUGUGACUGACAUAGGAAUGUGGGAAUUAGGUGGAUAUUUCGGGCUUUCAUAAAUAUAUGUUCUUUUCAUCCAUUUCUAAUAUUUCUCUAAUGGUUUAAAUUAAUUAAAAAGAGUUACGUGGAUUUUUUCCCAACUUUAGAAGGAUUUUUAGUGAAUAAUUUUAUUUAGACAAUUUUGAGUUAAUAUUGAAAGGAAUAAAGUAUAAAUAAAUAGAGUUGCUAGUUCAUGUUUUUGAACUUUUAUGUUGUGUUAAGUUUUGGAACUUAAAAUUUUUUGAACAGAAGCCAAGAUUCUCAAUUUUAUAUUAAAUAAGACCCUAAAUUUUAAUAGUAUUUGACAUAUACAUACAUAUAUAUACAUACACACACAUAUAUACACACAGUAUUUAUAUUCUUGAACUUUUAAUUUUAUUCUGACAGAUUUCAAGUUUAUUAAAUCACUUCUAAAAAAAUCAUGAACUUCUUGGAAAAAUCAUAGUUGGACAGACACAAACUCAGUAAUUAUGUUAAAGUUUUAAUUGUUUUUAGACUUUAAUUUAGUCUGUAUUUUUAACUACAAUAGGAAUGGUAGAUGUGGGGUGAAAAUUAAUCUCUCUAUUUUAUUAGUUUUUAAAAUUCCAUUUUGGUCCCUGUAUUUUAAAAAUUGUGCAACUUGGAGUAUGAAAUUCAAAGGGAUCAAAUAUAAAAUAUAAUUGGACGAAGGAACUUUGGGGCACCCUUAGGGUAAUACACCUAGUGUUGUUUCCACAAAAAAUAUCUUAAGAAGAUUAUGCAGGAUGUGAAAGGGUUUAUCUAGAAGAAUCACGUUAUAAUUAGGAAGGUGUUUUAUCAGCCAAUUUCAUUCUUUUAACUAAGUGAGGAAGAAUUUGCAAAUUGAUAAAAUCUGGCAGAUAAAUUUUCUCCCCUAACAUGAAAAUACAAUAGAUUAAUAGUCAUUCGAUAAAAAACAAAUCAUUUGAAUAUCUCAUUUUCUAUCCCAUUCAAUAGAGCAAUUAUGAUCUGAAAGUUGACCAGAGUUCGUCCCAAAUAUGCUCUAGAAAGAUUAGAUGUGAUUAGAGCAAAAAUCGAAUAAUUCUAUGUGGUGGAACAAAAUCAAAAUCUCUCAUUUCUUGGCGAUUUUUUUUUUUGGAUUUCUAAAGAAAUAUUGUUAUGUUACCUUGAACGGUGCACCUCUGGUAGCAUAGUCGAGACAAUGUUAGCACCUGCACCAAAUAGAAAAUUCUUGUUUUCGAAAUGUGUCGAAACUUUGGGUAGCCAAAAAAAAAAAGUGGGAUUCUAUAGAGUAGAUAAUAGAAUAGGAUUGUUCCAUUAUUACUAAAAAAAAUAGACCCCAAGACAUUUAGAUCUAGUUGUACUUAAACUUUAGGAUCUCGUUUGUGAGGAGGUAUCCCUUCUCCCGAAGUUACGUGGCUAUUUUGCCUUAGAAAAAAUGGGUUUGGAUCUCCCUCAGAAUGAUUUGGAGGAUCUAAGAGGCAUAUUGAUUUGUGUAUUUCUCAUAUGAAUUCAUUUCGAACAUCUCAUAAUA